AUGAGCAUCGAAUCCUCCGAAUAUCCAGAGCAGUCUAUCAAAGAGCUGUCGCAGAAAAUUGCGGAGCAAAUAGUAUCGUGGCCACCCGAGCACCGUGUGCUGGUCGCACCGCAAUCGACAUGGACAUUUACACAGGGUCUCAUAUUGGGCCAGCUCUCUGUCAUUGUACUAUUCGUCAUGUUCAUCAGGUUCUUCAUUUUCAGUGAGAGCGCGCCCACAGUGCCGGGCAACUCGAAGAAAGUGAACGUUCCUGUGCUGAAUGCUCCAAACACUGCCCAAGAAAACGAGGACUCUACAAUAGACACCAUUCUGGAAAAGACAUACUACGAUGUGCGCAGUCACCAGCCAGAGUCCCUGGACUGGUUCAAUGUGUUGGUCGCCCAACUUAUAUCGCAGUUCAGAAAUGAGGCCCUCAACAACAACAAUAUCCACCGCUCACUGAACGAAAUGUUUGGGUCGUCGAUCAUACCAGACUUUCUGGACAAAAUCGUGAUUACAGAAAUAAGUAUAGGUAACGAUUUCCCGAUCUUCAGCAAUUGUCGCAUCAAGAAUACAGACGGACGACUAGAAGCAAAAAUCGAUGUCGAUGUGGCAGACACGCUUACGUUGGGAGUCGAGACCAAACUCUUGAUCAACCAGCCCAAACCGCUAGCAGCGUCGCUCCCGGUCAAACUCUCGGUCUCCAUCGUCAGAUUCUCUGGCUGUCUUACAGUUUCCCUGAUCAGCAGCGCUGAGGAGUCUGACGUUGCAGACAACUCUGUUGGGCUUAUGUUCUCGUUCAGCCCAGACUUCCGACUUGAGUUCGAUAUCAAGUCGCUGAUCGGCUCCCGUACAAAGCUAGAAAACAUUCCUCGCAUUAGUUCUAUUAUCGAAAACACCUUGAGAAAUUGGUUCAUAGAGAGAUGCAUCGAGCCCCGCUUCCAAUUCAUCAAACUGCCUAGUCUGUGGCCCCGCAAGAAAACAACUCGUCAAACAAGCACCGGCGACGAGGACGAAACCAUAUAG